AUGGCUGAUGUAUUGGACAUUGAGAAUUCAGAGGAAUUUGAAGUCGACGAAGACGGAGAACAGGGAAUUGCGAGAUUAAAAGAAAAGGCACGAAAACGCAAAGGACGUGGAUUUGGCAAUGAAGGUGGUGGAGGUGGCGCAGCAGAAAGAGGAAAUAGGGGGAGAUAUGAUAGCCUAGCACCAGAAGGUGAUGGUAACGCCCCUGGGCCACAGCGUUCAGUUGAAGGAUGGAUAUUAUUUGUUAGCAAUGUUCAUGAAGAAGCACAGGAGGAAGAUAUACAAAACCAGUUCUCAGAAUUUGGAGAAAUAAAAAACAUCCAUCUGAAUUUGGAUCGGCGUACAGGAUUUUUGAAGGGUUAUGCACUAGUGGAAUACGAAACAUACAAGCAAGCAGCUAGUGCCCGUGAAGCACUAGACGGUGCUGACAUUUUGGGACAGGCAAUCUCUGUGGAUUGGUGUUUUGUUAAGGGACCAACCAAAACCCACAAGAAGAGACGA